AAUGGUAACUUAUCUCUUUGGCACCAAACUGAAACAACCAAAAAAUACCAUUUACCGUUUCUAGGAAGACAGGAUUUGGAAUCUAUUUUUUUCUGGAUUUGAAGACGAAAAUUACGGACGAGGAACUGAAACAACCGUAGAAAGAUAGUAGAGAGAUUUUGAGCUUUUACACCACGAAAAGAAAACCAUACCGAUGUUUCCUCUUUAAACUCGUAUAUGAACAUUUUCAAUCCAGGGAAAGUCGGUUGAACACCUUGGGAGUCGGUUUCAUUGAAUGUAAACAUGUCCGCUUUCUUUGCAUUCUUUGCUUUUCUUGUCGUGUAUCAUGCAACACAAAGUCAGGAAACAGCCGAUUUCUACGUUUAUCAUUCGUUUAAAGCUCUCGAUUCUUCGCCUAUUAUAAAGGUUUUGAAAGUCCAAGGACAGUUGAAUUGUGCUUUUUCUUGUUCACGUUUACCUAACUGUCGUUCUUUUAACUUCGCACACAAGAAGGACUUGAAUGGAAAACAUUUAUGUCAACUGUUGCCAAACGAAAAGCAGGAGAGUAAAACGUUAAAAAUAAGCGACGUUUUUCACUACUACGAAAAGUCAAACCCAGACCCUUGUAAUAGCCAUCCGUGCCAAAAUGGCGGGAAAUGUGACGUCAUUGCAGGACUACGUAACUUUACUUGCACAUGUACACCAAAGUUUAAAGGAAGAUUCUGCGAAUUAGAUAACUGGACCAAGAUCAAUCCGAAUCCCAUAUGUUUUGGAGCCCGAGAUAGCACUUGCGGAACAUUUUCCGUCCAGCGGACUGGCGUAUGUAUCCAAAUCAAGCUGGUCUAUCGAUCCGGUUACGUGACAUGCGAUACGAGUGAUYCAAAAGGAAAGGGCUACUGGGGAUGCGUUUUAAAUGGCCGUCACGAAUUCCUGUCCGUGGUUAUCACCGAUAUUAAUAACAUAGUACUUCUACCAGGUUCAGGUUCAUUCCUCCUUCCAGGCACGCACGUGUAUGACCUGCAUGGUAUGACUGCGACAUCCAAAGAGUUGGUUUAUCCAGAAUUACCUGGCUUGUUUCCCGUCACGUCUGGCAAGGUCUACCGUAUUUGGUUUGGUCAAGACUUAGAUGAUYUUUCAGAGUCAGACAACGGUGGGUCAGUCUGUUCUGACGUGUACUGUAUUUAUCAAUGAUGAACAAGUGGUCACAUUAUCGUUAUCAUCCGCCAUGUUUUAUGAGCCUGUUUUUGUUCUAGAUCAAGGCACUAGCACUUUUUUUCUUUUUACACGAUGGUGCCAUUUUACUACCACUACCAAAAUGCUCCACAAAUUUUCUUUCUUAUUCAAAUUUGCAAUUCCUUAUGAGAAUAGGAAGACAAUUGGUGCUAAUUAACUGUAAGCAAAAGAAGGUAUUUGUAGCUAAUGACGUAAAUGUCAUGGACCUUUUAGUGAAAAAAGAUGUUUUUUUCUCAAAAUAUAAAAACAAAAAAAAUAGCCUUUUAAAAGCUUCUAAAAUAGGAUAUUUGUAUUAUAGCGUCAUUUACUACCACUACCAGGAUCCCUUGCACACUUUCUUCUGUUCAGUUAAUCAGCACCAAUAUUGACUUACUAUUCUCAUGAGGGAAUACAAAUUUGACUAAGUAAGAAAAUUCGCAAAGCAUUUUGGUAGAGGUAGUAAAAUAACGCCAUCAUGCAAACGCCCUAUUGUCUUUUAUUGCGUUUUGGCAUUUCGUUAGGUCCAUCUGUCAGACAAGUUUGGAAUUCAAAUUUGCGUAUCUUUGCAAUAACACAAAGACGUUUUGGACAAAUUUGUAUAGCGGAGACUUGGAGCAUGCGCAGACUUUGUUCACAUGUGUCAAUCGAGGGUUAUAUGUUCUUUAAGGGUUGAGGGGGAAAUUACRUUUUUCGUCGCAGGGGAAUGGGGACACCAAUUGAUUUGGCUACCACAUAUAGUCCCCUUGCAGCACAUCGGAAUGCAGCAUCAAUCUCGAAUGCAAAACGAUAGGUUUCCAAUUCUCAGGAGAUUGAAAUUCUUUUGUUUUGUCCCCCAAAUUAAGAUCAGUUGGUUGACGUCACAUGCAGGAGGUCUAUACACUGCUUUCCUACGACCUUUCGAUUCACUGAUUUGAUUCAUUGUAUUUAUGCAAAGUGGCCCAUUAAAGUUGAAUUAAAAAUAGCCAAAUAGAAAUGUUUUGUGGGUGGAAAGAAACUAGUGAAUAGAUGAAAGCUUUUUGGAAGAGGAAUCAAAUAUCUUAAUCGUUAGGUUAAUAAAUUUGUGUUAAAUA